UGUCCCGCCGAAGACUAAAGCGAAAGCUCCAUUCCCACUUCCACUUUCUCCUACUUCACUUUAUACGUACUUUUUUCUACUCGUGGCAAUUAACGAACAGAUCCAUUCAAUUAAAGAAAAUUACAGCAGUUAAACGCAUUUGUAGUAGUAUUAGUAUAAAACAAAAAAAUCUUGAACAGCAAUCACUAGACAGCAGGACAGCACUAAGGAAGACUCUUCUUCUCCUCCUCCUAAAAGGGCUUUGAGGGUUCUCUGUCUUUCUCACUCUCUGCGGUUUUUUCUUUCCUUUUGGGAUUUAAACAGUCGCCAUUUAGUUGUUUGACGUGUUUGAUCGGACGAAAAUGUCUAACAUAAACAUUGAGGGCAUUUUGAAAGAGCUUCCGAAUGAUGGCCGAAUUCCCAAGACAAAGAUUGUCUGCACUUUGGGACCGGCUUCGCGAUCUGUCCCAAUGUUGGAGAAGCUUCUACAUGCUGGGAUGAAUGUUGCCAGGUUCAAUUUCUCCCAUGGGACCCACGAAUACCAUCAGGAGACCUUGAACAAUCUCAGAAUUGCUAUGCAUAACACUCAAAUCCUGUGCGCCGUCAUGCUUGACACAAAGGGGCCUGAGAUCCGAACUGGUUUUCUGAAGGAUGGGAAGCCUAUUCAGCUCAAGGAAGGCCAUGAAAUUACUGUAACCACAGAUUACGGCAUAAAAGGAGAUGAGAAAAUGAUUUCCAUGAGCUAUAAAAAGUUGCCUGUGGAUUUGAAGCCUGGAAAUAUUAUCUUGUGUUCAGAUGGCACUGUCACACUUACUGUUUUGUCCUGUGAUCCACAAGCUGGGACAGUGCGAUGUCGUUGUGAGAAUACUGCUAUGCUAGGAGAGAGGAAGAAUGUGAAUCUUCCUGGUGUUGUGGUGGAUCUUCCGACGCUUACAGAGAAGGACAAGGAAGAUAUCUUGGGAUGGGGAGUCCCUAAUAAUAUUGAUAUGAUAGCUCUCUCAUUUGUGCGGAAGGGAUCAGAUCUUGUUAAUGUCCGCAAAGUUCUUGGGCCCCAUGCCAAGCGCAUUCAGCUAAUGUCAAAGGUUGAGAAUCAAGAAGGCGUUAUCAACUUUGAUGAAAUCCUACGUGAGACAGAUUCCUUUAUGGUUGCUCGGGGUGACCUUGGAAUGGAAAUCCCUGUGGAGAAAAUCUUUCUGGCACAGAAAAUGAUGAUAUACAAGUGUAAUCUUGUUGGUAAAGCUGUGGUUACUGCUACUCAAAUGCUUGAAUCCAUGAUUAAGUCUCCACGACCCACUCGCGCUGAGGCCACUGAUGUUGCUAAUGCUGUCCUAGAUGGCACUGAUUGUGUAAUGUUAAGUGGGGAAAGUGCUGCUGGGGCCUAUCCUGAGAUUGCAGUGAAAAUCAUGGCGCGUAUUUGUAUCGAGGCAGAAUCCUCCCUUGAUUAUGGAGCUAUCUUUAAGGAGAUGAUAAAUUCAGCUCCAUUGCCAAUGAGCCCACUGGAGAGUCUUGCAUCCUCAGCCGUCCGCACAGCUAACAAGGCUAAAGCAAAACUAAUUGUUGUUCUGACACGUGGUGGUACAACAGCGAAGUUAGUUGCCAAGUACAGACCAGCUGUGCCAAUUCUGUCAGUAGUUGUCCCAGUGUUAACAACUGACUAUUUCGGUUGGAAUAUCAGUGAUGAGACCCCAGCAAGGCAUAGCUUGAUUUAUAGGGGCCUGAUUCCACUUCUUGCUGAAGGAUCUGCAAAAGCAACUGAUUCAGAAUCAACUGAGGUGAUUUUAGAAGCUGCUUUGAAAUCUGCCACACAGAAAGGGCUGUGCCAGCCUGGUGAUGCAGUUGUCGCCCUUCACCGAAUUGGAGCUUCGUCUGUUAUCAAGAUUUGCUUGGUCAAGUAAAGUGGCAUCCUUUCCUGGAUACUGGCUCCAUAAAUUAAUGAGUAGAAUGAGGAUUCUAAGCAAUGCCAUUUGUUCUUUCACAGGGAGAAGAUACUUGAUGUUGCAUAUACUUUGUAGCAUGUAGAUAAGGUAUUUAGGAUUUUGUUGUGCCUUCAUACUUGUGACUGAAGACGGAUGAGAAGGAAUCAAGUUCUCUGCUUGUCUUCGAUAUCAUGACAUGAAUAAUGAAUAAUACUUGUAUUAACAUUUUUUCCCUACAAUAUUCAUGAGGCUAGUUACUCUGGU